CGUUCACUCAAGCUGGUAGAGCGACAAGGAAGUGAACCACGAGAGAAGAGAAGAGACGAGAGAAGGACAAGACAGCCAACAGCCACAACUCGGCAUCUCGCAACCUUGUGUGAAAACCUGAUUUGAGGAACUUAUAAAAAAAAAGUAUUAAUUAACGAAGUGAGGAAGUUUAUCAUAAAGAGUGAUAUAUAUUGGAAGGCGGAUCCGAGCUUGUGAACUAGUUAAAUCAAAGAUGGAGACCACGAAGGUGCUGACGUCUCUGCUGGUGCUGACCCUGACGGGGCCCACCCUCGGCUACCCCUACACCAGGGGCGUAGUCUCAAGGACGAGUGGGCGUAGUCGAGACCAGUUUCUGGAUGGAGGCCUGGGGGACUAUCUGAUGGGGUACACGGACGACGAGCAGUACGCCCUCCCCCAAUACGAACCCAACAAACGCUACGCAUUCGCCGCCCAACGACCCAGAAUAAACCCUGAGACUCUGGCCGCGUUUCUUCCCAUCUUGGCUGAUGCUAAUAAUGAUGACGACUACGUGUACGACUACAACACGUACUCCGACGACGAUGGUACCUGGUACGAGAACACCGCCAAUGGUGAAACUGUCGAGGACAACCUCCUGCCAGUACUCCUCCAGCGUCGUACAUCCAGUCCAUCCCGCCCCAGGUACUCCAUGGACGACCUAGAGACCCUGGAACGCAAAGCUGCCAUGGAGGACAACACAGAGAACCAGCUGUACGCCCUCAUGGCCAACAAGCAACAGAACUUGAAGAGAACCAGCAUCCCCUUGUUGGGAAGCCGUGUUGCCGUCCCCCCCAGACUCCUGAGGAAGGGACAGAAGGAGGAAGCCUAUGAUAUCCCUGCUACCUCCGUCAGACGCCCAGUAUUUGCCCGUACAGUCACCACCCAGCCUGAGGAGCAGACCGAGACACAGUCCAUCAACAAGAACGACAACAACAGCAACACACAGAAACCUGAAGAGACUAAGAAGGACUCAAGUGACAGCAGCAGUACCACCACCACCACCACCACCAACCACAACAAUGUCCUCAGCAGUAGCAGUAGUAACAUCAAUGAGGUACUGCCACCAGUUGAGACAGCGACCAUGUCCCCGUAUAUUUCCGAGCGGCACGAGGCCUUCAAGAACUACCUGGACACCGAGAGGAAAGUCCGACAGCUCCAAGACAUCGAGAUGGAACUCCUGGAACAGAGGCGGGCGCCCCAGAAACGUUUCGUGGCCGAGAAACAGUCACUACCACAGCAGUUGGUCAGCCUCAAAAAAGUGGCCUAAGGCUCACAACUCUACCUGGUGUUCCUCAUUUACUGACGACAUUGGAGAUGAUGACGAGGAAGUGGAGUCACGGAGGAACAUAAAAUUUCUCUUCGACAACACGAAGACUGUGUCCUUGACGCAAGCAUUAUGGUAUGGGAAGCAUACCAGCAGCAUACAAUGCAUGAGGACAAAAUCAACUCAGCAUGAGGACAACCCCACAUAACACAGCUGGUGAAGGCAGCAAUGAUUGACGUCCUCACGUCAUCUGGCCGUCACAGUCAGCUGACGAUGAGGACCGUCACCCCUUGAGGGCUGCCUACGUCUGGAGGUUGCUAGCAGAACCUAGGACAGGUUUCCUGACGUGACAAUAGCAGGCUUCUGAAUGCCUGAAUGAUGUAUAAUCCAUUUAUUUGGUUUUAUAAUUCUAAUUUUCCACAACCCUGAGGCGACUUGGAAUCCAUAAAAUGUGUUCACACUCUUUGAACUUAGAUAACUUUUGCAUUUGAUGCAAAUUCGGAUAAUGUAUUGUUUUGUUUGUAAUGUUAAUGCACACAUCAGCCUUUGUAAAUAUUGGUUGUUACUUAGAUCGAAUCUAAAUUCUAAGCAAAGAAACAAUUUUGAGAAAAUUCUUCAGUAAGAAAGUUAAUUAUCUAAAUGCAGUUUACUCCCAACAACGACUGGCGUAUUGUGCUGCCUUGUCAAUAAUAUUGUCACAUCAAGUAGCUUACUAUUGACCGAAGAAAAGAGGUGUUUCUUUGCUCUGUAGGUACUGAUGAAUUUGUGCACGAAUCUGAGCCCCACGCGCUGAGCCGUAGAGCCCAGAUCACUUUGUCUUGACACAGUGGAACAGCGAGAGAUUGGUGAUAUUUAUCUCUCCAGCAGUCACCUCUUGUGUGAAGUAAUCUUUUCAGUGAUUCUCUCUCACUUUCUUUGGGCAUGCAUAUACAGUACAUACUCAUCUUAAUAAUCUACAUCCCAUAACAAACCAUAUAUGGAAAUUUUAUCAGAAAACAGCGCCUUAAAAUUGCCAUUUGGUGCAUUAUAAACGCAGUUCAUAUAAUAUCUUUUAAUACUUUGAAUUUCCACUCCAAGAGAUGGAAGUAAAAGUUCUAAUGUUUUAUGAUAUACAGUAUUCAUCUAUAAGACUCACCACCCACGGGGAAGCCAGUUAACUAAGUACUUGACAAUAUAUGUGUAUCAUUAAUAUUUAAUCAUUAUAUUCAGAGAGUUCACUUGUGCUGGCCGACCCUUGGUGUAUUGGCUGGGCAUUUCACCCAUAGGACUUGUUCACCAUUUCUUCUGCCGAUCUCUUCUCCUGUCUCUCAAUAUAUAUAUAUAUAUAUAUAUAUAUAUAUAUAUAUAUAUAUAUAUAUAUAUAUAUAUAUAUAUAUAUAUAUAUAUAUAUAUUCCUUCCGUUCUCUCUUCUACUACUUGGAGUUUACCAGCAGUUUUUGUUAUGUAACUUCAGUGUUUUCAUUGAGUUGCGAUCCUGAGAACAGAAUCUUGUCCCAGUUCUCAGAAGAAUGUUUGGUAAGAUUAAGAUUAUUUCGUGCUACAAGUUGUACCUGUUUAUAUGAGUUACUGUUUACAUUUAAAUUUCUGAUAAAAAAAAAAGAAAAUGGUUGAAUUUUGCCCAAGUGAGAUUUUUACUGGGGUGGGCGGGCCUCAAGUGACAAAUUGCCAUGUCUUUCUCAUACUUAUUCUCUCAUCUAAUGGUAUUGAUCAACAUUUAUCUCGUGGGAAGGUGACCAGUGUACUUUACGUAGUGGUGACCGUAGCCUCAACAUCGUGGAUAGCGACGCUGAGGCUAUUACCGACCUAGAAUAGAUGUACUGAUACUGACUAGUGUAUACUCUACCGGCAGAUAAAGUCAUUGUCAUCUUCCCGCCUGUAUCCUAAAGCUUCAUUCAUCUCUGCUGUCUCGAUCCCGUUGUUUGGGCUCAAGCUGUUUUUAUUUUGUCGAAUCUUUUAUCCUGUUCCGAUGCCAAAUAUUAUCAUUAUCAAUAUCCCACUAUUAAAUCCUUCUUCUAAGGAUAUUGAAUUUGUACAUUGUAUGUACCAUAUCACCUCAAAAAUCAAAUGACUUAUUUUUGUAUAAUAAAAAUAAAAAAAAUCCAACAAGAAACAAUGUUAUGGUGACAGGGCAUUAGCGAGAUCUGACACAUAUCAUAGUAUAUGUUGGGAUGCCAAUUGGUCAUUUCUUCUUCAAAUUAUAGGCCCUAAUGCCUUUAAGCAAGGAACUCAUUUCUUGAAAUGUGAUACUAUGUAAUUUCUCUGAUAUUUGUUAAUAAACUUUUAUCUUUUAUUAA